AUGUCGUUGAAGGCCAAGCCACAGACAUACCCAGAACUCGUCCCCGAAAGGGAGAUGGAUGUGAAAGCAUACCUGGCGCAUCUCAUCGAGGCCUAUGGUGGGCGUUCCAAAGAAGACAUGACGGCGUUACGUGUGGUGAAGGUAUCACUGAUGAAGAAUAUCAAGGCUACUUCAGCGCACGAAUCCCUCCUGGUGGAACUCAGGGACCCUAAAGGAGAAACACACUUUCUGUACUUCGAACGAGGACGAGAGGACGAAGACAAAUAUUUUGGGUCCGGUGGGGAUACGCCUGUAGGGGAGCUUCCCGGGGCCUUUUCUUCCAGCACAUUGGAUGGAAGGGCAUCUGAUACUGUUACAUUGGCUCCCAGAGGCCAGCGCUCAGGUGAAGAAUGCAUGUGCCACCUAGAAUUCGAGAAUGAUGGUACUGGCAACCUCCAACGCACCCCUGACAAACGACCAUCUGUCUACAAUAUUGCACUAAUUGCAAACAUCCUGAACAAGAAGGGACCACGGUAUCACCUGUGGAAUAGCAACUGCUUCCACUUUGCAGGUCUUUUCUACGACACACUUAAAAAGCUUUAUACUCCAAGUGAAACUGUGUUUAGGGUUCUUGAUGGAAAGUGGAGAGCUCUCGCUUUGUAUGUUGGGAAUCCGGAGGCACAAAUCAUGUCCGUAAUUGAGGAUUAUCAUGAUGCUCUACAUGAGUUUGAAGCAGAGAUUGCAGAACACCACUUGGCCAAGGACAAGAAAAGGAGGGAGGCUGAAGAGCAUGCUGAGCGUGAGGCAGAGCAGAGGCAACGGGCCGAAGAGCGUGCUGAGCGUGAGGCAGAGCAGAGGCAACGGGCCGAAGAGCAUGCUGAACAUGAGGCACAGCAGAGGCAAGAGGUGGAGGCAAGGUUCAAGGAAUUAGAAGAGGAGCUGAAAAAGUACAAGAACAUGCACAAGGAGAUUCUAUAA